AUGUGUCCGAAAAAUUCUAAAACGCCCAUUUUCUUAAUUGGCGGCAUUUGUUUCGUUAUCAUUCUGGUAGCGAUAUGCGGUGUUACGCUCAUCAAUAAUAUCAAUUUAUCGAAUAUUAUUCGCUUAAAUGAAAAAGUUGCCAGCGAUAGUAUGGCCACCAAUAAUCAACAGCAUCCGCAAUACGACGAUGAUGAUAAUAAUGCUGAUGACGACAAUGGCAAUGAUAAUGGCAAUAAGCGUGUUUACAGCAACGUUGAAACAGUGGGCGACAUUGACCAUUCAGCCGAUGAGCGUUUAACAAAAUACACCCAGGCUCAUCCGAAAAAUAUCUAUCGUUUUGACAAAGAUACCGGCAUGAUGACAGAACACAAUGUAUCCUCCGCCUCCUCCUCAUCGUCAUCAUUUAAGCAGGCGGAGAAUGAGCAAAGUAAACAACAGCCAGCCAGCCUGUGGCCCAAUGCCAGAAUUGUGGACAAUGAUAGAAAUAUUGACACACUACAAAUACAAGAAAUCAAUGCCAUACCAUCGAAUGAUGCCGACGCCAAGAAGCUAAGACAUGAAGCAGUCAUGUCCCAGAGUCCAAAUGUAGCUGCUGCAACAUCACAAAUGCCAGUAUCCGUUACCACUUCCGUAGUCGGUUCCGGUUCGUUGAUGGAUAACGACAAAGACGACGACAACAAUGAUGAUUUGUUAAAUGGUAAUGGCGGUGGGAUUUCGCCAACAACAUCUGUUACAUCAGAACAAACGACAACAACAGUCACGACCACCAGCACCACCACUGUGUCGCCGCCUUUCUUGGUGAUAAGUGACAAAAAUGCCUCAAUGAUUGAUUAUCCAAAACGUUCUCAUGUCGUAAAGAUGAUGCAACAUGCCUGGCAAAAUUACAAACUUUACGCAUGGGGUAAAAAUGAGCUGCGCCCACUAUCACAACGUGCCCACAUCGGUAGCAUAUUUGGUUCCCAAGAGCUGGGUGCCACAAUAAUCGAUGGUCUCGAUACUCUCUACAUAAUGGGUCUGGAGAAUGAAUAUAAAGAAGGUCGUGACUGGAUUGAACGUAAAUUCUCUCUCGAUAAUGUUACCGCUGAUUUGUCAGUAUUCGAAACGAAUAUUCGUUUUAUUGGCGGCCUACUAACCAUGUACGCCUUUACCGGGGAUAAUUUAUACAAAGACAAAGCACAACAUGUUGCCGAUAAGCUAUUACCUGCAUUCCAAACACCAACUGGUAUUCCAUAUGGUUUGGUUAAUCCUAAAACUGGUAUGAGUAAAAAUUAUGGUUGGGCAUCGGGUGCAAGUUCAAUUCUAUCCGAAUUUGGUACACUACAUUUGGAAUUUAGUUAUUUGAGUGACAUCACCGGCAAUCCAUUGUACAAGGAACGCGUCCAGACCAUACGACAGAUUUUGAAAGAUAUUGAAAAACCCAAAGGAUUAUAUCCCAACUUUUUGAAUCCCAAAACUGGCAAAUGGGGACAAUUACACAUGUCUCUGGGCGCCUUGGGUGACAGUUUCUAUGAAUAUCUCCUAAAAGCCUGGAUACAAUCUGGACAAACGGACGAAGAAGCCAGACAAAUGUUUGACGAUGCCAUGGUUGCCAUUAUUGAUAAAAUGGUGCGCACAAGUCCCAAUGGCUUAACCUAUGUUUCCGAUUUGAAAUUUGAUCGUUUGGAACAUAAAAUGGAUCAUUUAGCCUGUUUUGCUGGUGGCCUUUUUGCCUUGGGUGCUAAUACAAGACAAAACGAACAUACCGAGAAAUUCAUGAGCAUUGGUAAAGGUAUUACGAAUACCUGUCACGAAAGUUAUAUUAGAACAACAACACGUUUAGGACCAGAAGCUUUCCGCUUCAGUGAAGCCGCCGAGGCACGUGCCUUGAAAUCAAAUGAAAAAUACUAUAUUCUAAGACCCGAAACAGUUGAAAGCUAUUUUGUACUGUGGCGUUUGACGCACGAUCAAAAAUAUCGUGAUUGGGGCUGGGAUGCUGUACAAGCCUUGGAACAACAUUGUCGUACACCACAUGGUUAUUCCGGUAUUAAGAAUGUCUAUCAGGAGGUACCGCAAAAAGAUGAUGUACAACAGAGUUUCUUUUUGGCCGAAACACUUAAGUAUCUAUAUCUCUUGUUCUCGGAUGAUUCGCUGAUACCUCUAGACGAAUGGGUAUUUAAUACUGAAGCUCAUCCAUUGCCCGUCAAGGGGGCAAAUAUAUAUUAUCGCCAAGCGGCAUCAACAUCGGCCGCAGCAACGAAUGCUUCCUAAAAUGCAAAUAUAGCCAAAUGGUGGGAUAUCGCCUUAGAUACAAAUCUAUUCCAUAUGCUGCUCGUAAUUGUUUUAAGUUUAUUUUUCUAUAUCUAUUAUCGCUGUUUUCGUUAAUCUCAGAUCGUAAUGCUAUUGGUAAUUAUAAUUUGCAAUAUGAAAAUCCUUAUGUAGAAUGAAACU